UUAUGUUAGUUCCUCUUAUGAAUAAUAAUUCCCAAAUUGGCUGACAGAUUGCUAUUGGAAUUUCUACCUAUGUUGCAUCUCAAUCCUCAUGUAAUACUCAUGCUACCAAUGAUGCUUGUCCUAACGAAGACGAUUACUCAGAUAUUCUUGAAAUGACAGUGAUUAAUGAAGAUGAAACAACUAACUCUAAAGUCUAGUUUGAACAGCAUCCUGGAGAAAUUAAAAAGGAUCAAACAUGCAGGUGCUAUAUGUUAAGAGUUUCUUUCAUAAGCGAAUUGAACCAGUUACUUGGUUAGUUACUCUUGGUGGUUCUCUGCUCAAUUUUGCUAAUGGUAUUUUAUGAAUUACCACAAGAGCUAGGAGACUAUGUCAUUUUUUGGAAGUUUGGUUUAUACUGGAGUGUUGCCUUGUUCUUUAAUUUUCUUUCUUCCCUCACAUUUUUGGUUUCUUUGUUGGUAUUGCAAUCAGUUCAAGCAGAGGUGAAGAAGCUAGCAGUUACCGCUUCCUGAAUAAGUACAAGCUGACUAAGAGGCAGAGCAGUUGGUGAUCAGCUUGAGGUUCCUUUUGACUAAUUUGGACUCAUUUCUUUUGCCAUUCUUCUUGUUUUGGCAAUAAAGAGAGUCUCGAUGAACUGAUGAAUUAAUUUAGUUUUUGAGUUUCAUAUUUUUGAUUCAUUUUAGACUACUAAUUUUUUCAUACAAUUGGAGUGGCACUGGCAUAAAAACGCUUUGGUCAGAGUAAUUAUUGGGCUUCACAAACUCACUUGGACAUGAUUUGUAUUAUUGCCACAACUUUGAAUUCCAUCAGAACUGAUUCCUAGUAUAUCAUGGCCCAGUAUCUGUUAGAGCUUAACAGGUCAAGUGUAUGCUGGAAAAAGUAUAUAUGAGGCCAAGCUAUACAUUGGUACUUAUACAUUUGAGUCAGUUGUGUGCAUGUUGUAAAUGAGCAAAAAUAAUUAAAUUCAUGGAGGAUUUUUCUUUAAAAUUGGAGCUUUUGGGCAAAAUUUUACUUCAUCAAAGGUCACUCUAUUUAAUGCUCCUGGACAAAAGUCACAAAGAGUGCGGACAAAAGGCUUUACCAAACUAUGAAAGGUCUGUUGGUUUUUGUCGUCUCAUUUUCUUUCUUGACUAGUGUCUUCUCCACAUCAUGCAGUUGUCCCAGUGAAGACUCUCUUAUUAGCAAGUUUAAUCAAGUUUCUCGCACCUUGAAUGUUAGGAGCUGUGAUGGACUUUUGUGUAUUCAGGAAGGCCACGAUGAUCACAGUCAUGAAGGUGAUGGUACUGGUGGACAUCAUGAAAAAGGAGAUGGUGAUCAUGAUGAUGAUGACCAUGAUGCAGAGAACUGUACUUCUUGUUCCACUAUGUAUAAUCUUUGCCGUACUGUUAUUCUCUCACUCAAUCUCACAACUAAUGAUUGUCUUGAAGAGCAUGAUCAUCAUCAUUCUAACAGUACUGAUGGAUCUUCGAAGCCUACUACAGCUCAAGCCUAUGGAUAUGGCUUUCUUAUGAUUUGUUUUGUGAGUAUCUGUUCAUUGGUUGGAGUUUUUUUGAUUCCUCUUAUGAAAAAGAAUUCCCAAAGUGGUCGUCGGACAUAUGAAUAUGUAUAUGCCUUUAUGGUUGCUAUUGGAAUUUCUGCCUUAAUAAGUGAUGCUGUGUUGCAUCUCAUUCCUCAUUCAUUUGGUCUUCAUGCUCAUGGUCAUCAUGAAGAAGAGGCAAGUAGUGAUGGCCAUGAUCAUGGCCACAGUGAAGAAGAAUCUGAGAGUCAAGAUUAUCUCUGGAAAGCGUGUCUUGUACUAGUUGGAGUUUAUGCUUUCUAUGUGCUAGAGACUGUGCUGCAUGGAAUUACUGACUAUAUGAAGAGAAAAUCUAAGUCUGAAGAGGAUAAUUCUGCUACCACUCAAACUUGCCCUAAUGAAGAUGGACACUAUACUACAGAUAUUCCAGAAAUGAAAGAAAUUAAUAGUGAAAAUGAAUCAGCUAUUAAGGUUUCUGGCCAAAAUGGCACUUCUAAAAAGCAGCCUGGAGAAAUAGAAAAUGUUCAAUCAGAAGUGAAAGAGUCUUUUUUUAGAAGAAUCGAACCAGUUGCUUGGUUGAUUAUUAUUGGUGAUGCUAUGCACAAUUUUGCUGAUGGUUUAGCCCUUGGAGCUACGAUUGUUCAAAGCCUUACUCUUGGACUAAGCACAAUGUUUGCACUUGUAUUUCAUGAGUUACCACAUGAGCUAGGAGACUAUGUCAUUCUUGUAAAGUCUGGUUUACACUGGAGCACUGCCUUGUUCUUUAAUUUUCUUUCUUCCCUCACUGCAAUUCUUGGUUUUUUUGUUGGUGUUGCAAUUACUUCAAACAGUGAAGCAGCUAGCAGUUACAUACUUACAAUGACUGCUGGAUUGUUCCUUUACAUUUCACUGACUGAUUUGCUUCCUGAAUUGAUUCAUGGUGGAAAUUAUAAGUUGACAAACAGUGGUUGGCGAUUUGUUCUGAGGUUCUGUUUGGUUAAUUUUGGUUUCUAUCUUUCCUUUGUUGUUCUUCUUCUUUUGUCAAUUUAUGAAGAGUGCCUGAAUAAACUGAUUGAGUAAUUCUAAUACUUUGUGGACCUGAAACUACCUGUAGCGUUUUUGUACUUUAGGCGAGACUAUUGUUAUUUUU